GCUGCCAGCUCUCAGUCGAAAACGAUUCCGUUAACGUGACGCGGCGUAGCAUAAAAGGUGCGCGAGAGUUGCGUGAAACGUGCGCGCUAUUUUUGUUGUCGCGCUAUUUUUGUUGUCGCGCUAUUUUUGUUGUCGCGCUGCUAUAUCUUUUCCAUUCCUGUCCGUGCGUGAGGAAUAGGUUUUUUCACUAUUGAGGCAGAUGGCAAACGGCAUGGGCAAUCUUGGCAUGCGGCCACUUCAGUUGCACGACAAACACCCGUCCCUAAUGCAGGUGAUCUUGCACAUGACGGCCGCGCGUGUUGCGUAGCAUUCCGUACCUGCCCGUGUGCUCGUAACCGCUUGCCAGACCGGUGCGACCGUAUGUGCGUUUGUAUGUGUUUCUUGGGACCUUGUUUUGAUCAUACAGUGCGUGCGUUUGUUCAUGCGUGCUAGUGCUAUUUCGUGACAACUGACAGUGCGACCACUACCUGAUUGUAGCACAGUCCGAAACAGAGAAAGAUCGAUCCCAGAAUCAGUUUUGUGAAGAAAAAACUCAUCUAUUUUUUGUUGUAAAUUAUUGUGUUUGUAUGUUCGUGUGUGUGUGAGGGUAUUACCGUUGCGUACCGUUGCAUCAAGAUGCAGUGUUUCGGUCGUGUAAUGGGAUUCAACUUUCUAUCCGUGAUUCUCCUGCUCGUACACGUCCUGUGUGGUUAUGUUGACGGCAAACGUGAAAUUCCCGUCGGUGCUAUAUUUCAUCAGGUCCCAGAUCAUAGCUACGAGUCCGAAAUAGCGUUCCGGUAUGCGAUCGAGCGGGUCAAUAUGCACGAGAAGCACUUCGAGCUCGUGCCGAUCGUGCGUUACGUUUCUCCCGACGACAGCUACAAGACGGAGCGCAAGAUGUGCGAAUUGGCGGCGGAAGGUGUGACAGCCGUCUUUGGUCCUUCCUCCAUAUUGACGUCCGGCAUCGUCGGAUCCAUCUGCAAAACGCUUGAGAUCCCUCACAUUAUUACGCAUUGGGAUCCAGAACCGUUUGGCGGUCUCGAUCCGGAUCUGCAGGCCAUGACGAUCAACCUGUACCCAGAGGCAGACGUGCUGUCGCGAGCCCUUGCUGACCUGAUCGUCGACUACAGCUGGAAGAGCUUUACCAUCAUAUAUGACUCGGAUGAGGGGCUGAUGCGACUGAAGGACAUACUGCAGAUACAUGGGCCGUCCGAUUCACCGAUCACGGUCCGACAGAUUGACGACAAUCCUGACUAUAGGCCACUGCUCAAGGACAUCCAGACGUCGGGUGAGUCGCACAUCAUACUGGAAAUACGCCCGGAUCGGAUACUGGAACUAUUACGCCAAGCAAAGGAGGUGAAGAUGCUCGAAGAGUAUCAGAGCUAUAUCAUCACCUCCCUCGAUGCGCACACGAUCGAUUUCGAGGAGCUGCGGUACUCACGCUCCAACAUCACCGCACUCCGACUGAUGGACACCAAGAGCUUCGACAUCAAGAAUGCUGUGCACGAUUGGGAGCAGGGUGAGGCGCGUAUGAAGCGCCAGUUUCGUGUUUCACCCGAGCACGUGCACACCGAGUCGGCCCUUUAUAACGAUGCGGUAAAGAUUUACGCGACCGCAAUUCGGGAGCUGGACGCUACGGAGGAGAUCACACCAUCGAGAUUGUCGUGUGGUAGCAAGAACUUGCGUCAGUGGCCGUUCGGACUGCGCAUCAUCAACUACAUGAAGGUGAAAACCGAGCACGGAAUUACCGGACCAAUCAUCUUUGAUGAUUAUGGGCGGCGGGCUCACUUCCAUCUGGACAUAAUUGAACUAAGCAAGGAUGAGGGUUUCAAGAAGAUUGCGACCUGGGAUCCCACGCACGGCGUCAACUAUACGCGUAGCCAGGGCGAGGUCUACUCGCAGAUCGUGGAAUCACUGCAAAACAAAACGUUCAUCGUCGCGUCUCGUAUAGGUGCGCCAUUUCUAAUGUUCAAAGAGAAAAAGGAUGGCGAAUUUCUCGAGGGCAACAAUCGGUUUGAGGGAUACUCGCUAGAAUUGAUUGAUGGAAUUUCGAAAAUUCUUGGGUUCCAGUACCGGAUGGAGCUGGUACCGGACGGGAAGUACGGGUCGUACAACAAGGUUACGAAAAAGUGGGACGGCCUCGUGAAGCAUCUGCUGGAUCGUAAAGCGGAUCUGGCCGUUUGCGACCUCACAAUAACGUACGAGCGAAGGACAGCUGUAGACUUUACUAUGCCUUUCAUGACACUAGGCAUCAGCAUUCUUUACGCUAAACCGGUGCAACAGCCGAAAGAUCUGUUCUCAUUUCUCUCACCCCUUUCGCUGGACGUUUGGAUUUACACGGCGACUGCGUACCUCGGCGUUUCGGUGCUGCUCUUUGUGCUGUCGCGCAUGGCACCAGCCGAUUGGGAGAAUCCGCACCCCUGUAAGCAGGACAACGACGAGGUGGAAAACAUCUGGGACAUGUUAAACGCGCUCUGGCUGACGAUGGGCUCGAUUAUGGGACAGGGAUGUGACAUACUUCCAAAAGCAAUCUCCACACGCCUGGUAGCCGGUAUGUGGUGGUUUUUCGCCCUGAUCAUGCUGUCGUCGUAUACGGCAAAUCUGGCUGCUUUCCUCACAAUGGAGCGUAUGGAUGCAACGAUCGAGUCGGCCGAGGAUUUGGCCAAGCAAAGCAAAAUUAAGUACGGCGUGCUUAUGGGCGGCAGCACUAUGGCAUUCUUCCAGACGUCGAACUUCUCCACCUACCAGCGAAUGUGGGCUUCGAUGGAAUCGGUGCGACCAUCCGUUUUUACCAAAAGCAACGACGAAGGCCGGGACCGUGUCAUCAAGGGCAAGCGGAUGUACGCGUUUCUGAUGGAGUCGACCUCGCUCGAGUACAUUACCGAGCGGUACUGUGAUCUGACGCAGAUCGGCGGCUUGCUAGACUCGAAGGGGUAUGGUAUCGCGAUGCCAGUCAACUCGCCUUACCGUACCGCGAUAAGUGGAGCGGUACUAAAAAUGCAGGAGGAAGGCAAGUUGCACCAGCUAAAAACGCGUUGGUGGAAGGAAAUGCGUGGUGGCGGCCAGUGUACCGAGGCGCCCAACUCGGCCGGGGAAAACGAGCUCGGCAUAGGCAACGUAGGUGGUGUUUUCGUUGUCCUCGCCCUCGGAUGUUUCUGUGCCUUCAUCAUCGGCAUUCUUGAGUUCUUGUGGAACGUGCGAAAGGUCGCGGUCGAGGAAAAGAUUACGCCCUGGGAUGCGCUCAAGGCCGAAAUGAAGUUUGCUCUCAACAUAUCCGUCACGUCGAAGCCAGUGCACAACACGCUGAGCGAAUCAACGGCUAGCGACAAAAGUUCGCUACGCUCUAAGUCAGAAUCACGUCGCGGCUCUGAACUGACCGGACGGGGUAACAAUGUGCGGACUGCCACUAGCCUCAACAACCUAAACAAAAUUGGGUUCGUGUUCGACAAGCAUUGAUUGCAAUCAAUCAGGUUAAAAACGAAUGGUGUUUUUGUGCUGCUGUACCAAGAAAACUGUCACUUUCUUGUAAAAUCUAUCUUAAAUUUCACCCGAAAAGACAACACUAUCUCAACCCUCAUUCUCUCAAAACACUUAUUUAACCCAUUAUUAUUGAUAGCGUUAGCGAAUGCAUGGAACUUUUGUUCAGGAACGCACAUGAAGUAAUAGUUUUCAAUCAAUUGAUGUGCAUGACGUAGAUAGUGUUUGAUGACGGUGGAAGGAGGGGGU